AUGUCUGACUCUAGCCAACGGAGAUUGGGAUCAAUCAUUCCCCAUUCUCCAAGAGGUCAAGUCAGAGAUUUCACAUUGGUUAACAGUUCUAAACCAAUGGAAUGGAAAAGAAAUCAGUCUGUUUCCAAGUUACGACUAUGUUCUUACAACCGAUGCCUCGGAAUCAGGUGCAGGUGCCACUCUCAAGAAAGGAAACAAGGUAAUCAAAACUUGGUCAUUCCAGAGGUCAAUAACUCAAUCAAACAUGUCGUCAAAUCGUCGAGAAAUGCUCGCGCUGUUAAUGGCUUAUCAAGCGCUAUGUCGGAAACUGAACAACUGCAAGCUGAAGAUUCAAACCGACAACACUACCACUCUCUCAUACAUCAAUCGCCAGGGUGGUCAAAUACAAGAUCUCUCAGUUCUGUUCGAACAACUUUGGAAACAAUGCCUCAAGAAGAAAGUGAACUUGAUUGGAGAGCAUAUUCCAGGAUUCUUCAAUGUAAAAGCCGACCACCUCAGCCGUCUUUCAGAGAUGAAUCACAAAUCAUCGACCAGAGUAAUCAAGAGUUACAACUGGCAACUGAAGAAGGAAGUGUUCAAUCGCAUACAACUUCAAUUCGGUCAAAUACAGAUGGAUCUGUUCGCAUCUCACCUCAACCAUCAAACGAACAACUAUUCAACAAUCAGAAUGAAUGCACUCCACCUCGAUUGGAGUCAAUGGAAGCAAUGUCUAGCCUUCCCACCACCCAUUCUUUUGCCUUCUAUCCUGGAGAAGAUGAACUCAUACAGUUCGAAGAAGGUUUCUAUAAUACUGAUCUUCCCAAUCUGGAGAUCAGCAACUUGGUAUCCGAUGAUUCAAGCACAAGUUCCUCGUCAUCAUCGUCACAUGUUUCCUCAAGUACUGGGAACAUUUCAAGAAGUAUUGAUCAAACAAUCAGUAGAGUCGAUACCAAUCCAGAUUCAACAACGUUGGAAACUGGGGAUUAUUCAACUUUCCAAUCUCAUGUAAUGUCCUUCGCUCGUACAACAAAUACAAAAACAGCUGAGCUGUUAAUGAAGUCUUGGGAACCUUCCACUCUCAAAGUAUAUAGCUCCAGUUAUACAAGAUUCCUCAAUUUCUGUACUUUGAACUCUUUGAAUCCAGCAAACAUUACCUUAGUUGUUUUCAUGGAUUAUCUUACACAUCUUUUGUUACUCCUUAGGAAUCAAACUGAUAUUGUUAAUGCUCCAUUCAUUACAAGAAUUAUGACUGGUAUUCACAAAUUGCGCCCUUCAUCUGCAAAGUAUAAAGAGAUAUGGGAUGCAAAUCAAGUAUUCAAGCACUUAUCUACUAUCAAAGUUAUCCCUAAGUACACAUACACUGCGCUAUUAAACAAGACACUUGUACUCUGUAAAAUGUUUGGUUUAGCAAGAUCAUCAGACUUGGUGAAGUGGUCGUUCAAAGGUCUCAUUAUUUCUCUUGACUCAAUCAAAGGUCCAGUUAUUAAUGCUAAAGAACAAAGAAUUGGUGUUGUUUCAAUCUUAGAAUUAACUUCGUUAGAUGAUACUAACUCUCAAGUAUGCCCUGUUCGCCACCUUGCAACAUACCUUAGAGCUUCUAAAGGAAGAAGAAAGCCCCAUUCGGGUGACUCUGUCUUUAUUAAGAAUGAGGGUGAACCGCUCCAAGUUAAUGAUAUUAACUCAAUUGUACUAUCAACACUCUCAAAGUCAGGUAUUGAUAUUGCCAAGUUCAAAUCUCACUCUACCCGUUCCGCUAUGGCUUCUCUGCUGUUGUCCAAUAACGUUCCGUUCCACUUUGUCAAGAAGAUGGGUCGUUGGAAAUCAAACGAUACUGUAGAUACCUUCUACGAUAAAAGAAUCAUUGGUGAAAAAUCUGGUCCCAUCCCACCAGCCCUUAGUCGGAAUUCCAUAAAUCAAAUUGUUUUUAGUUUUCAGUGCCACUAUUUAUACGUUUUUAUUUUCUUAAAAAUUUCGCAAAACUCAAAAAAAUAA